AUGGAUGAAGAGAAACACAAGCUAACAGCAGAAGAGAUCAAAGUAGAAGAAAUAUAUGAGAAAACUACCACUAGAGACGAAGACGGACGUUACAUAGUAGAUCUGCCAAUGAAACACGAGCCACCAGUUCUUCCAUCUAACAGCCGAGAGAUUGCACUGAAGCGCUGGAAGUCUACAGAGAACAGACUUAAAAGUAAACCUCACCUAUUAGAAGAAUACAACAAAGUUCUAGAAGAGUACAUGACGCUAAACCACAUGAAGAAAAUAGAAACCAAAGAUGAAGAAGAAAAUGGCGUGUGGCUCCCCCAUCACGCUGUGAUUAAAUUGGAGCGAGAAACGAGCAAAUUAAGGGUAGUCUAUGAUGCUUCAUGCAAGGGAAGCAACGGGGUAUCCUUGAAUGACGAGUUAUUAAUCGGACCCCCAUUGUUAGAAGAUCUACGAGUCAUUCUCAUUAGAUGGAGAACAUACAAGAUAGCAUUUGUUGCCGACGUGGAGAAGAUGUAUAGACAGAUACGAGUAAAAGAUGAACACACAAAUUACCAGAGAAUUGUAUGGAGACCAGAUCCAAAGGGACCCAUUGAAGACUUCAAACUCUUAACUGUUACAUUCGGAACAUCCUGUGCGCCUUAUCUGGCAAUAAAAACUUUAAGGCAAACAGCAAAGGAUGAAGGAUCGGACUACCCAGAAGCUCAGAAGAUGAUACUACGAGAUUUCUAUAUGGAUGAUUUGCUCUCAGGUACAGACGAAGAAAAAGAGGCUAUAGAAAUUCAAAAACAAGUUACACAGAUUUUAAUUUCUGGAGGAUUCACACUAAAGAAGUGGUGUUCGAAUAGCGAAGAGUUUAUGACAGCAUUAGACAAGCAAGAAAAGAGAGAAGAAACGCAGACAGUCGAAAUAAAACGCAAAGAGAGCGUGAAAACAUUAGGUAUAAUAUGGGAAGUUAAGGAAGAUAAGUUGUUCAUACCUAAUCAUAUCAAAGAUUCCCAUGACACACCUAUGACUAAAAGAAGCGUUUUAUCUGAGAUAGCAUCAAUAUUCGACCCAAUGGGAUGGAUCGCUCCAAGUGUCAUACUAGCAAAGAUAUUUAUGCAAGUUUUGUGGAAAAAAGGCAUUUCGUGGGAUGAAGAACUUCCGGCAGAACUACAAAAAGAGUGGUCACAGUAUAAGAGAGAACUGCCAGCUUUGAAAGGUGUCAGCUUAGAUCGAUGGAUGCACACUACGAGUAAAUCAACUCUUGAACUGCAUGGAUAUGCAGACGCUUCAGCAUUAGCUUAUGCGGCAGUUAUAUACUCGAGAGUUAUAGACGAAGAAGGAGAAAUUAAAGUAUCCCUCGUGACAGCAAAAACAAAAAUCUCGCCGAUUAGAAAAGUUUCCUUACCCCGUUUGGAAUUACUGGCUGCUACAUUAUUGAGUAAACUUUUGAAACAAGUAGCUGAGUCACUACAUGUGCAUCUUGACAACGUAUACGCUUAUUCAGAUAGUCAAGUGACUUUGGCUUGGAUACACGGAGAUCCAAUGAAAUGGAAGCCUUUUGUAAAGAAUAGAGUCAUAGAAAUCACGCAGAUACUCGAUGCUAAUCACUGGUUCUAUGUAAACACUAAGCAAAAUCCUGCUGAUCCUGCUUCAAGAGGAGUUAUGCCUUCCAAACUAAUGUCCACAGAGAUAUGGUGGAACGGAUCUGCAAUGCUGAAAGAGAAAGAAAUAAGAUUAGAAAAAGGAACUCCACUAGAUACAGCAAUAGAAAAGAGAAAGAAUAUAGACAUCAUCGUCAUCAUUUUUUAUUUUAUUUCAGACAACCGCCAAAACGACCUGGUCCGCAUUGUGUUCUUCGCGUUCGACCGCCUAGAGGAGAUCCUGCCGCCCACCUUCGGCGUCAAGACUGCGCCUUACAGUAGCUUCCUCUCCGAUGCGUCUGCUUCGACGGCCACCAGUAUGAACUCUGAACGGGAAAAGAGGAAUGUUACUAGGGUAUUGAACUCUAAGGUGAUAUCAGCCAGUCUUGGCAACGGACGUCACAUCCAACUUUCUCAGAUGGUGCGGCUAACUAUGAAACAUCUGAAGACUGAAAACGUUACAAACCCCGCCUGCGUUUUCUGGGACUACACUUUGCAUGGCUGGUCCCCCGAAGGCUGCCAAGUAGAAUGGACAAACACGACCCACACCGGCUGCGCCUGCUCGCAUCUCACCAACUUCGCCAUCCUCAUGGAUGUCCACGGUGUUUCCAUCGGAGCCAAACACGAGAUGGCCUUGAGACUUCUUACGUUCAUUGGUUGUGCUAUCUCUGCUGUGGCUUUGCUGGCUGCUAUUAUUGUGUUUCAGUGCUUCAGAAAUAUGAAGUCUGACCGAGUGCUAAUCCACAAGAACCUCUGCGCUUGUCUUCUCAUUGCGGAAGUUGUCUUCAUGUGCGGGAUCGACCAGACGCAGGACCGAGUGUUAUGUGGUAUCAUAGCUGGUUUACUGCACUACUUCUUCCUCGCUGCCUUCGCCUGGAUGUUUCUAGAAGGGUUCCACCUGUACGCCAUGCUAGUGGAAGUGUUCGAGCCGGAGCGGCCGCGCGCGCGCUGGUACAUGGCGGGCGCGUACCUGGCGCCUGCUCUCGUGGUGCUGGCGUCUGCCGCCGCCUUCCCCGGCUACGGCACGCCGCAGCACUGCUGGCUGUCCACUGAUAGACUCUUCGUCAUGAGCUUUGUUGGCCCAGUGGCUUUAGUACUUACGGCCAACUGGAUAUGCUUGAGCAUGGUGAUUUACAUGAUGUGCCAUCAUUCCACCGUCUCCAUUAAGGCGAAAGAAAACUCCAAGCUGUACAAGAUCAGGGUAUGGCUGAACAGCUCCCUAGUCCUGGCCUUCCUGCUGGGACUGACUUGGACCUUCGGGCUCCUGUACCUGAACGAGCAGACAGUGGGCGUGGCCUACGCGUUCACGAUCCUCAACUCGCUGCAGGGGCUGUUCAUCUUCAUCUUCCAUUGUUUGCAGAAUGAGAUUUUCCAGAAGGAGUGCGCGCGGCUGGGCCGGCGGCACCGCUGGCUGGCGUGCUGCGCCGCGCUGGCGCCCGCGCCGCCGCCCGCCGCCUCCAGCGGCCACGUCGACACGCGCCAGGGCAGCGUCAAGAGCCGCCGCUACCACCAGAGCGCCGCCGCGGACACCGACGAUGCCGUGGACCCGAGGGACGUUACGAACACUUCUUCUAAGCACUAUCCAAGCGGCACGUCGACGCUGCCGCACCACGACCCGCUGCCGCACCAGCCGGGCGCCCUGCACGCGCCCCACGACGACUGCGAACGCCCGCGCGCGCGCCGCCCUCCCCCGCGCCACCAGGCCGACGCCGGCCCGCUGCACCACCAGGGCUACAACACCACCCGGAGCUACAACCACGACUUCAGGAACCCGCACGUCUACAUGUCCCAGCACUCCCCCGGCAGCCAGGAGAUGAUCUUCCGCAAGCAUUACAAAGACGAGAACAGACGCAAGCACCACCACCAUCACGGCAGCCAGAAUAUCAACCAUACCUAUUCAGAAAUAGCCUCCCAACAGGGAAGAAUAUACAGACGCGGCUCGGAGCAAGAGUUCCGCGUCAUCCAAGACGAUCCAGUGUAUGAAGAAAUCGAAAGGAACGAGACUCUAAUGUCGGAUAUGUCCGAUGAUAAUUCCGGCCCGGACAACUGCAGACAAAAUCCGGGCCACCACGGGUCUUCGAGCUCCAAGUUCUACGGGGACCACCGGCCUUUGAUCUCAUACAGCCCGGGAGAAAGGCAUCACCAUGACCCGGAGCAUUAUGCGAAGUAUGGCAAAUGGGAUACAAUAGAGCGAGCUUACGAUCCGAGACACGCCUAUGAGAGCGGAAGGCUGAUGCACCCGGCGUACCACCAGCCUCAAGAAAAUAAUAUGAGGGCUCUGGCAGCGGUCCUUAAUGGAGAAAACAAUGUUGUCUGCCAUUUAGAGCCACACAAUUCCUACGACGUUUACCAACCGCAGGCAGGCAAUCCGAGGACUGUCUCCCAACCGAGUUUCUAAGGACUAAGUUGAAAUAAAGCCCAGUGAUCGAACGAAAAGAUUGGAACUGACUGUGUCAAUCUCGGACGUAUGUUUCAGUGUUAGUGAUAGACUCUUGAGUGAGUGUACAGAUAUAGCUGGUGAUUUUUUCUAUGGACGUAGUAUAGAGAAAGAUCUAGCGCAUAAAUAGCGUUUAUGUAGGAACUUGCCAUAAUGCGGACUUUAAAAUAACAUAUAUUUAUAGACGGUUAGAUUGUAAACGUAACUUUAAAUCACUUUUUCCACUGUGAUUCCUAUUUCAAGAUAACGGCUCAAGUUCAGUGUUACGACCAUAUUUUUCUUUGUAUGGCGGAUUUAAAUAGCAAUUUUGUAUAUACGACUCUUAGCGUUAGUGCUAGGCUCUUAGUACUUCCAGUGUGUCCUUAAUAUUUCUAUCUGUCGACUUUCCUUUACGAAUCAUGGCAUUUCAUUGAGUACGUUUGCGAGAUUUAUGUAGGUACGAAAAUCUGUGAUGUUUCCUUUUUUUACGCUUUAGAUUAGGGCUCGCUGUCUCGAAUAAUAUGUAAAAUUCACUGCCAUAACUUAUUAUUACUAUGGUUUAACUUAUUUUUGUGACAUAUAAUUUUAAUAAUAAAGUUAUCCUCUGGCAGAUAUAUUUGUACGUAUUGCAGCUUUGUAUGUUUUAUUUUUCGAAAUAUUUCAAACAAUCCAUCCAACCUAUUAUAGACUGACACCACCUCGAUGUUGUGCACUUUUCUGUACAUUAGAACUUAGUGUUAUAAUACUUAAAAAUAACAAUAAAAUAUAUUAUUUCUACAUAAGUAGAUUUAAUUUUAAUGCCAUGAAUGAAAUUGUUAAUUUUUACCGUAAAACUAAAGGUUAAGGAAUUGUUUCAUAGAAUUGAUACAAGUACAAUAAUAUAACUAACUGUACCCUUGAUUUCUUGUAUAUUUUGGAUCGAUUAAGCAAUAUAUUAGACUGAAGUAUUUAAUAAAUAUUUGGCCAUUUUUUACUACUGUAUAACAACGUAAUUAUUGUAAUUGUAACAUUUAUAUCAUUUUAGCGAGGCCAAAAUUUAUGAAAUACUUUUUUGGAAAAUACGAAAGAGUGGGGUGUAUUAUUUUUUGUAUUGGUUAUAUACUAGUCCACCUUCACCACUCUUAGAUACACGACUUGUACAUUUCGUCAUGUGUAUUUCUGUUAUAUUUUUUGUUUUGAUUGUAUUUUAAUAACGUUGACGAGUAUAUUAAUGUAAAGUAGGAAAACAAAAAUGUGUAAAUAAUUUAAAGUUUAUAUAAUAAAGAGUGGUUGUUCUCAGAGGAUAUCCACAAGGGAAAUUA